AUGAUUACCGGUUACAUAAGUCGAAAUGUCAAUGAACAGUCACAGACUUACCUCAAAGUUCAGCGUCUAGUGUCAUUGCUGAUAUGUUCUUUAUUCGGCAUUUCUGCUGCCAUCAUGGGAUUUGAUAGUGUAGAGAGUUUAUCCAUGGACACCUUCCGUUGCUUAAAAGACAAUGGUCACAUGUUCUUUAUCGGUAGAAUAUGGAGAAGCUUGGGAAAAUUUGACUGGGACGGUUUGCAGAACAUAAGAAAUGCUUAUGAAGCUGGGCUUUACGUGAGCGUUUACAUUUUUCCUUGCCUGGAUUUUCCAAAAUGUGCGCCUGUGCAAGAUCAGGUUGAAAAGACAAUAAAUACUCUGAAUGAGGAAGGUGUUAGAUAUGGAAUGGUAUUUCUAGACAUACAAAUGUUUGAUUGGCCGAGUGACAAGGAAGAAAACCGUAAGACUAUUGAUGCCAUGGCUCAGAAACUAGAUGAGAUGAACGUGGAAUGGGGAUUCUACACAAGCAAACGUAACUGGAAUGCUAUUGUUGGAAACUGGGAUAAGUGGAAACAUAAAAAACUGUGGUGGUCUUACUGGGGUAACAAUGACGGACAGCGAUACGGCGACUUCACACCAUUUGGUGGAUGGACAGAUUUUUACAUGCAACAGUACGCUGGCGAUGUCAAUGGACCAUGCUCUGUUUCUCUUAAUCUUGACUAUUAUGCAUAAUCGGAAAAUAAAGGGCUAAAAUGUUUUGUGAAUACGAAU